CAACAUCAACAGUGGGAAGGGAUAGUGCAUUUUUGUUAAAUAUGUUGAAAAUUAAUAAUUUAAACACAUCUUUGAGAAAAUCAAGUCUGUUCGGCAAAUAGUUUUGAAGUGCUAUAAAUUAUAGUAAAUGUAACUGUUAUACAAAAUGUGAAAAUUACUUCUAUCCAAAAAUUAAUGUUAUCCAUUUCAAAAUAUCAUUUUUUAAGUUAGAGUGUAGAUAUAUUGCUUAGGAUGAAGAUCAAUGAAAAGAAUUUGAUAAGUUUUUCUGUUUCAAAAAAUUGCAUUGAUCGUGAAGGAUGGCUCGGUAAAAGGGGGGAAGUAAACAAAAGCUUCCAGAAAAGAUGGUUUGUGUUAAAAGGAAAUCUGUUGUUUUAUUUUGAAAAGAAAGACGACAAAGAGCCAGUAGGAUUAGUCAUUUUGGAAGGUUGUACCGUGGAAUUAGCCGAAAACGAAGAAACUUACGCAUUCAAACUCGUGUUCCACGGAGCAGGGAACAGGACCUACAUAUUAUGUGCCAACAGCCAAGAGAACAUGGAGCAGUGGAUGAAAGCCCUUGCAUCUGCGAGUUACGACUACGUAAAACUCAUGGUUGCAGAACUCCAACGGCAGCUGGAUGAAGUCACCGAAAUGGAGAAGCAAGCUGCGUCGUCAGUGCCAAACCGAUGGAAAACCAGGGGUCUACCGACGAACCAAUCCGACGGUUGUCUUUUUGGGCACACUGCCGCGGGUGGACGUGCCCCUAGAUUCAACCCGUUCGACAAGUGGAAGGCUGGGAACAACGGAGAUGUGAAAGACCCUCGUGGCACCUCUUCCGCAAUCACUGCUGCUUCUUCCGAAGAUGACUUAUUGCACCAUAGCUCGGGAGGUAGAUUCAAAGGCUCUCGCCAGAGGUACCUAUUUAUCGAGCUGCACGAAUAUUAUGGCCAAAUUUUUCGUAGACUGUUCGAAGAGCAAAGAAAAAAGCGAGCCGCUGUUACAAAGCCUGAAGUAGAUCUAAUAACUUUUUGAGAAUAUUUGUUCUUGUAUGUUGUAGUUACUUGUAUUCAAUACCUUAUCCUGUUGAAUAUUAUGAAGAUAUGAUUUAUUUAUACCAAGUUAAUGCAUGUUGUUAUGUUUGAAAAGGAUCCUUUCUGAGAACAUAUUUGAAAUUUGUGAACGUUAUUUUCUAAAACUUUUACACAUGUGUUAAGGAUUUGAUAUUAAUUCCACAAAAGACUUUCCAAAAAUUUUCUGGAGACAAGUUUAAUGAUAAGUUUACAUUAAAAUUGCUACAAUA